AUGUUCAAGGGCAUCCUCCCCGCUCGUCGUGUCCCCUCAACGGACUUCACAAUACUCACAAAUCUGGUGGACAACAACGGAAAGGAAAACCAGCCGUCUCUUCCCUCAACCAUGCAGGCCGCCGCCACAAAAUCCCGCAAGGCGUCCAAGGGGUUCAUGGCGACCACUGAGAAGAAGAAAAAGCCUGAACCGAAGAAGACCAAAGACUCUCAGACAGAGGAGAUUGACACCACUCCUCAAGCAUUUGAUAAACUUCUUGACGAUCUUCAAAUUCCUUCGGCUCUGAGACCGAAGCUCUACGGAAUGGACGCGUCAGUCAAAGCGGCUAUGCUCAAAUCAUCGCAAACUAUGGCUAUUAGCCCAGUGCCCGAACCAUCACCACCUAGCACACCACAAACUAAUCGAGGGCCACGACGGGCACACAGCACCGAGUCUCUGAGUCCCCGGCAUGCAACAAUCGCUUCACUUAUGAAUGACAACUCCGAACUUCCCUAUCCAGGUCUCUCCGCCGCUCCUGUCUCCGCCCAUAUAUCCCCCUACCUCACAUCGCCGGAGCGAAAAGCUAGUGGACACUCACGUGGCCUCUCGUUUGACCCUCCACGCUUCUUCUCCAAGAGCCAAGUCAAUCUUGCAGAACGCUCUUCUUCAUCUACUUUAGAUCUCCUUGCUGGGGGUAAAGUCAGCAAGGAGAAAGGUAUAACCGUCACGAAGAACAUUUCUCCAACAAGAUUUUGUAGCAUCCUCACUGGGACUUCAAGCACUCAACUAGAUGUAGAGGAUCUGAAGAAGUUGAGGUUGCUGCUGCGAAACGAGUCUGCUACAUGGUCAACAGAGUUUUUGAAACUCGGUGGCUACUCUGCUCUUCUGACCAGAUUAAAUGAAAUUCUCGAGGUUGAAUGGAGGGAAGAACAACACGACGAUCAAGUUCUUCACGAACUCUUACGUUGUUUCAGAGCUCUCUCCACAUCCUCCAUUGGGUGCUUCGCACUGCGCAGCUCCUGUCCAACACCUUUCGUGCAGCUUGUCGCUCUGCUGUACUCCGACAAGAAACCAGGAGACGUUGCAACGCGUCAGCUCAUUGCCGAGCUUCUCUUACUCCUCUUCGACCUCUACCCGCCCUCAUCUCUCCCCUCCACGAGCUCUAAGCCCGGAUCUACACUCGUAGGCGCUGGCCGCCACCGCGAGGCCUGGGAAAGCCACACCUCGCUCCCCACAUCCAACCUCGUCACCCUGCCAGCGCCACACAAGACAUUCUUCUCCCUUAUUCGCUCCCUCCUGCUCACCCCUGCCCCACCACCCACAGAGAAUCCUGGUGCUCCUAUUUCUCCACAUGAGUUCAUCGAGUCUCUGCACGUUCCGAGGAUAUAUAAGACGUAUCUGAAGGAACUGUCUGAGGUGUGCAGGGAUUACUUCUGGGUGUUCUGUCAUCCGAAUAAUACGAUCUGGGUGUUGUCCGAGACGAACGAGAGCAGCGUCGAGAAGCCGAGAGCACCCGGCGGCAUGACUGGGGGUGUUGAAUAUGAGGCUAUGAGUUAUUUGACCACCCAACUCAAACUGGUCAACGCCAUCGCGAAAUGUGUCGAGUCGCUCAAUCUGCCUAAAGAGCACGAACACUCUGCAUAUCAAUUCCAUACCGACCUCUUCCUCUCCGGCCUAGAGCGCAUCAUUCUUAUCUCUAGGAAAGCAUCAACAACCUACUACCCAACUCUUCACCUUGAGCUUGCGAGGUAUAUCGCCUACGCCGUGCGUGCAGGCUAUGAAUUGCCCUACACCGUCGCUCGUCUCAUCGGCUUGCCACCUCCUGCACAUGCCAAGAACCCCCAGGUCUCCGCGUCCGCCUCGAGCUCAGGCAGGAACACGCCACGCCAGCCGACGACCCCAUCCAAGCGUGCAUCGGUAGCUGCUCCUCCGGGUACGGGUUCUACAGGCUUCGGUGCCCCUGUCGGCAGUGGCUACGCUGCUGCAGUGCAUGCACAGGCCUUCCCUGGACUGCCUUCCCCUAAGAAGCUUGAGUCUAUGCGGUUUGAUUGUUGA